GUAUUUUUUUUCUAGUCUUUAAAAAAAACUAAAAAAUAAAAAAUAAACGAGCCCUAAAUUUUUGUUCAAGAUGUUUCUUAAAAAAAAAAAGAAAAAAAAAAGAGUAAAGACCUCUAUGCAAAUUUGGCAUUCCUGAACUUCAUAACUGUAACUUGUGGGAAUGCUACAUGAGGAUCCAAUUCAAAUCUCAAAGUGAAAAUUUCUUGGUCUUAAAACAGUGAAGUCUAUAAAGUGCUGCAAUUGAAGAAAAACUAAAACUUCCAUGGAUGCAUUAGCAGAAGGAUUAUGGGGAUUAGCAGAUUACCACGUACAAAAAGGGGAAAUAUCAAAGUCAAUUAAAUGUUUAGAAGCAAUUUGUCAGAGUCCAGUUUCAUUUCUUCCAAUUAUUGAAGUCAAAACUCGCCUUCGAAUCGCCACACUUUUGUUGCGCCACUCUCAUAAUGUCAACCAUGCCAAAGCUCACCUUGAACGUUCUCAAUUGUUAUUGAAGUCGAUUCCGUCUUGUUUCGAAUUGAAAUGUAGAGCUUGUAGUUUGCUUAGCCAAUGUUAUCAUCUGGUUGGAGCUAUUCCUUCACAGAAGCAGAUUUUGAACAAGGGUUUAGAGCUCACAAGGUCACUCGGCGACGGAUUUGCAGCAAAGUUAUGGUACUGCAAUUUCAUUUCACAGCUUUCGACGGCUUUAAUAAUUGAAGGGGACUAUCAGAAUUCCCUUGCUACUCUUGAACAAGGACACAAUUGUGCUGCUGAAAUAUGUUAUCCAGAAAUGCAGAUGUUUUUUGCGACUUCGAUAUUCCAUGUACACCUGAUGCAGUGGGAUGAUGUGAACUUGGUGGAGCGGGCUCUUACAAAAUGCGAUGAGGUGUGGGAGUCCUUUGAGUUGAAUAAGAGACAGCAAUGUCUUGGUCUGCUCUUUUAUAAUGAGUUGCUACACCUUUUCUAUCGGUUUCGCAUAUGCGACUACAAGAAUAUUGCUCAACAUGUUGACAAGCUUGAUGCUGCUAUGAAGGCUGACAUGCAGCAAACAGAACAUGUUCAUGAGCUGACCAGUGAACUAAAAAAAUUGAAUGAAACUCUCUCUGAUCCUGCUAUGAAGCAGAGAGAUUGCUCAAUGCUGAUUGAGAAACGUGCUCAGCUUCAGCAGCAGCUCAGGACUAUAACCAAUUCAAGUCUCAGUCCCCAAGGCUAUGCUGAUCCUGCAAGUGUUGAAUAUGAGAGGAGGCCUUCUGCUGACAAGCUUGAGCUGGCACCAUAUCCCAUUGAUGGGGAGUGGUUGCCCAAGAGUGCAGUUUAUGCUUUGGUGGACCUUAUGGUCGUUAUUUUUGGGCGCCCAAAAGGACAGUUCAAGGAGUGUGCAAAGCGGAUUCGAUCUGGAAUACAGGUUAUCCAAGUGGAAUUAUCAAGGCUGGGAAUUACUGAUGGUGUGAGAGAAGUAGAUCUACAGCAUUCUGCCAUUUGGAUGGCUGGUGUAUAUCUAAUGCUUCUGAUGCAGUUCCUCGAAAAUAAGGUAGCAGUGGAUCUCACACGAGCUGAUUUUGUAGAGGCUCAAGAGGCAUUGGUGCAGAUGAGAAAUUGGUACAUCCGUUUUCCUACAAUCUUACAGGCUUGUGAAAGCAUUAUUGAGAUGUUAAGAGGACAAUAUGCUCACUCGAUUGGCUGCUUCGAUGAGGCAGCUUUCCAUUUUGUUGAAGCAGCAAAGUUGACAGAGAGUAAGUCAGUCCAAGCUAUGUGUCAAGUUUAUGCAGCUGUCUCAUACAUAUGUAUUGGAGACGCAGAAUCUAUUUCACGGGCUCUUGAUCUGAUAGGGCCGGUCUACAGGGUGAUGGAUUCUUUCAUUGGAGUCCGAGAGAAAACAAGUGUUCUUUUUGGUUAUGGUCUUCUGCUGAUGAAGCAGAACAACCUUCAGGAUGCACGUAUACGUCUGGCCAGUGGAUUGCAAAUAACACACAGUUUUCUCGGUAAUCUUCAACUGGUUUCACAGUAUCUAACAGUACUUGGGAGUUUGGCACUUGCUCUUCACGACACUGUGCAAGCUAGAGAAAUUUUGAGGUCUGCCUUGACAUUGGCGAAGAAACUCAAUGAUGUCCCUACACAGAUCUGGGUACUAUCAGUUAUGUCAGAACUGUAUCAGGAGCUCGGAGAGAGGGGAAAUGAAAUGGAGAAUACAGAGUACCAAAGAAAGAAGAUAGAUGAUCUGUAUAAACGACUUGGAGAUGCUUUUUCAUCGAUUUAUCAUGUUGAGCUAAUUAACAAAGAGAAAAUUGAAGUUCAGCAAUUGCAUGAAUCUGAUAGUAAACGUGCUAUCGCAAGUUCAUCUAUGGCUGUUGAUCUUGAUAUCCCUGAAUCUAUUGGUCUGACCGCAUCAAUGCCUGCAAGUUCGUCCUCAAGGCUUGUGGAUUUAGAUCCUGGAAGACGCGGGAAGAGGAAGAUUUAGCUCAAAAAUGUAUAUAUAUUGGUGAUUGUAAAAAGUUAUCCCUGUAUCUAGUUAUAUUUACAUAGAAUGUAGCUGGGCUUUUGUUAUAAAAUUAUGUAGAACUAUAGAACUAUGCAUUAGAAAUUCUAUCUUCCAGUCUUUUUUUGUAAUUUAAAUGUAUAUUUACAACUUUUGAAGUUAAAGAAUAUUCUUUCUUGCUGUUGAAGUUAGAAUAUUUAAAUCUCA